AUGGCCACUUCAAGAUACGACGACGAUUUCAUUCCUGGUACCGUCAACAUCCUUGCCAAUGACUCGGACAACGAGUCCAAGAACUUUUCCGAAGGCACCAAACUCAAGACCAAAAAUGGUAUUAUUUUGAUGCCCCAACCUUCAGACUCCCCAAACGAUCCUCUUAACUGGUCAAUUUGGCGUAAAUACUCGCACUUUGCCGUGGUGAUCUUCAUCACCGCCUUCACUGCCGCGUCGUCUAAUGACGCCGGGGCCACCCAAGACUCGUUGAACGAGAUUUAUGGUAUCUCGUACGAUAAGAUGAAUACCGGGGCCGGGGUGUUGUUCGCCUCGAUCAGUGUCACGUCGUUGGUGUUGGCUCCUACCACCUCCAUUUGGGGUAGAAAAAUAUCGUACUUGAUAUGUACCAUCAUGGGGUUGAUUGGCUCGAUCUGGUUUGGGUAUUCCAAGACCACUAGCGACACGAUUUGGUCACAAUUGUUUGUCGGGGCCAGCGAGGCAUGUGCUGAAGCCCAAGUUCAAUUGUCGAUCUCCGAUAUUUUCUUCCAGCAUCAAUUGGGUUCUAGGUUAACUUUAUAUAUCUUGGCCACUUCCGUGGGGACAUAUUUGGGCCCAUUAAUUGCCGGGUUCAUUUCUGCGGUCAGUGAUUAUUCUUUCCGGUGGGUCGGCUGGACCGCGGCGAUCAUUUACGGAGUGUUGAUUGUGAUUCUCGUAUUUGGGUUCGAGGAAACUUAUUUUGAUCGGGCAAAGUUCUUGGGAACCAUUUCCAACAACAACACCGCUGCGAACUCUCCAAAAGUUAACGAAUACGACGAGAAAAAAAAAGAAGACAACGAUGCAACUGUCAAUGCCACAUUGACCACCUAUUUGACCAAUGAAUCGGACAAUGGCGCCGCAGUGAUCGAUGCCGGGCUCAAUGAUCCUCCUAAACUGUAUUGGCAAACCAUGCAAAUGAUCACUUUUGCCAGUAAUGUCAAAGGUACCGGGAUUGCCCAAUACUUCAAACAAUUGAAAAUGAUUUUCAGAGUGUUUUUGUUUCCUCCAGUGAUCUUAUCUGGUCUUAUGUGGGGUGCUCAAGAUGCGUUCCUCACCUUUUAUUUGACCACCGAGGAUGAUCUAUAUUACGACGCUCCGUACAAUUAUUCUGAUGCCGGGGUGGCCAUCAUGAACAUCCCUUGUUUGAUUGGGGCCGCUAUUGGGUGUUACUAUGCCGGGUCGCUUUCUGAUUGGUUUGUCCUUCAACUUGCUAAACGUAACAACGGGAUUCUCGAAGCAGAGUUCCGUCUUUGGUUCAUUUUCCUUGCGGCAAUCAUUUCUCCAUUAGGAUUGUUGAUCUUUGGCAUUGGUACUGGUAAAGGCUGGUCGUGGCAUUCGACCUACGUGGGGCUUGGAUUCAUUGGAUUUGGUUGGGGUUGUGCGGGAGAUAUUUCCAUGAGUUAUUUGAUGGACGCAUACCCGGAGAUGGUGAUCGAAGGGAUGGUGGGUGUGUCAAUGAUCAACAACCUUAUUGGGUGUAUCUUCACAUUUGCUUGUUCUCCAUGGAUCAGCUCCAUUGGCACCACCAAGACCUACAUCGUUCUUGCGGUACUUGAUUUUGUGAUCAUGAUGCUCUGUUUGCCAAUGAUUGUUUAUGGCAAACGGUGUAGAGCAUGGACCAAGGAUUGGUAUUUGGAAUUUCUCCGUCUCAGAGAUGAGAUUUGA